UUUUGCACUUCCCUUAUGCUUAUACCCUCCAUAAACCCUUGUGCUCCCCUCUUUCAAAAUCGCCGCCAUCUUCACUUUACGUCGCCCAUCGGAAAUCUUUACUCACAUGUAACUUGUAUCUGUAUGUUUAUAUAUAUAUAUAUAUAUAUAUCUAUAUUUCUACAUUAAAUUUAUUCUCUAUUUAUACUUACAGCUUUGGAAACCAAUUAACUCAUAAACCCUAAUUUCAUAAUCAAAAAUGUCUCAUAAACCCAAAUUAAUUGAGCUAUUACGUAACAUAACUUCAAUAGAUCUCCAGUUAUGUUCCGAAUCAUCAAAAGAGUUCAUGAAGUUACUUCGAUCCGACGACGGUGGCGAAAUGCUACGACAGUAUGUCGAAACGUCUCCGAAUUGUUCCGAGCUUCUACAAGCUUGGAACUUUCGGCAGUCGAAGCCCGGUCUGUCGUACAUUAUGUCGUUAAUUAAUGUUGUUUUGAGUCAUAAAGAUGGUGUUUAUAAAGUUAACGAUGCGAGUAGGAUAGUUGUUAGUAGAGCUCUAGAUAAGUUUGCCAGAUUGUUAUUAGAAGAAAAGAUUGGAGAUGUUUAUAAUGAGUUGAAUAGUAAGGAGAAUAAAGGGAAAAACGGGGCGUUGUUGUUGAUGGCGUCGAUUGUGGGACGUGGGUCUGGAUUGGCUGCAGAUGUUGCCAAGAGUUUUAAUUUUAAGUUACCGAGUUUUUUGAAGUGUGCAGAGUAUGAUAAGAGGAGGAAGAAUGUUGAAACAGUGAAAAGGAAAGUUUCAACUAGGAGGUCGUUUGUUAGGUUUGCUAUGUCAUUUUUGGAAAUUGGGGAUGCUAGGUUGUUAAGAUGGGUGUUGCAACAGAAAGAAAUGUUUUCCGGUGUUUUGCGUGGGCUUGGGAGUGAUGAAGACGAGAUUGUUGUUUAUGUUUUGUCGACGCUGAGGGAUAAGGUUCUUGUUCCUGAAUCUUUGGUGCCUGUCGGGCUUAGGAGUGUUUUGUUCGGGAGUGUUACUUUGGAACAGUUGGUUGAGAUAUCUGGAAGGGAUGAUGGUGGAGAUGCUUCUGAGGUGGCUAAGAAGGUUCUUUUUAUGGUCUGCACUGACCCUGCUAACGGGUUGAUGCCAGAUUCAAAGGCGUUACCUUUUCCAUUGAAGGGAAAUUUAACUCGCCUUUUGGGUGUUAUGAAGAAACUCAAGGCUACUGAGGUUGAAUUUCAUAAGGAUUUGCUAUUAGCUAUUGUACGUGGAAAGCCGUCAUUUGGGUCUGCAUACUUGGAUGAGUUCCCUUACAACCUCGAAGAUCAUGCAUCCUGGUUUGCUGCUGUCUCAUUGGCUGCAAACUUGAUUUCUUCUGUGAAUGCAGGGUUGUCUUUCGAUUAUCUUGAUUCCCAGUCCGGGGAAACACCGUCUAUUAACAGCUCAGAAGUGCAAAGUAUAAUAAAGUGCAUAGGCCCACGUCCAUUUAACAGAUUAGUAAUCAAUAAAGGAUUACUUCACUCUGAGUCUCAUAUACAGCAUGGGACAUUAAGACUGGUUCUAGAAGCCCUAAAGCUACUAGAUUCUGUCUUUGCUUCUGUAACCCAAAGAUCAAAAUCUAGCAAGCAAACUGGAUGCAAAUGGGCCUCUCUUAAACAAGAUAUCCAGGACGAAGUGCAAUUGUUGCUUCCCGAUCAUCAAGUCUUAUUGUCAUUAAUUUCUUCUUUGAAUAACCGUUACAAGAGUGAUGAACGUUCUUUGAAGAGAGGUGCUGAUACAACGGUAUUACUCGAAAAUAGUGCUAGUCGUAAGAAGUUAAAAAUACGUAAUUCAAAUGAAGAAACAGAUAUUCUUGUAGGCGGCAUUAGUUUAUGUCCUGAUGAUGGAACAAUACAGGAAGAGGGUAACCUACAUGUUUCUGAUAAUCUGAACGAUGAUCUUAGCUUAAUUAAAGAACUAUGGGAUACAGAUGAAAGCAACAAUGUGAACAUGGUUGCAGGCGAUGAAGAUAUAUAUUUUUACUCCAAGCUGCUUGAAGCUCUUGAAAUUUAUCAUCACACCAUGCCAUCGGUUCUAGAAGGGUCAUUUGAUUUCUUCAAAGUUCUACCUAGCAAUGCUUUAUCGUUACCGACUAUACUGCAGCAAUCUUUAUUGUCGCUAUUAGUUGAACAUAUUGGUUGGUCUUCGAAGCAGGAUAUUCCCGUCAGAUACCCACCAUUGAUGUACAAACAUCUAUUGCAUUUCAUUAAUUUGGUUGUAUGUUCACCUGUCAAAGUCAUAAGAGAUGAAGCUUAUGUGCUGGCACAGGCAGCCAUGUUAAGUACUGGAGCUUUUGACAAUAAUGAAACAGAAAUCGGUGCAUGGCUUCUGUUUCUGCCGGGGUUUAACUCCAAUGAGAGUGGGAUCGAAACCAUCCAGAACUUGUCUUCUGUCGUCAAUUCAUUUUUCUGUGAUGUUGUUUCUACGGUUGGAAACAAUUUAUUCAAAUAUUGGGAUCUUCUCAGACUUCAAAUCAACAACUUUGAAACCACUACUAAAGAUAAUUAUCCUCGGUUCAGUCCACUCUUUAUUUGUGCCCUUGAGAAGUGCUUAAGGUUGCUUGGCUCUGAGUCUGGCUCCUUUAAUUUACCUGAGAAGUCAAUGAUAUCAAUAUACGUUAGUAACACCUUGAGAUACCUCUUGCAAACUCAGGUAGAAGCUGGAUUGCUAUCUUCUCUGAUAUCUCUUAUAUUAUCCAAGAAACUCGAGGGUAUUGAUGGUGAUUUAUGUGAGUGGGGGCCAUUAAAAAGUUUGUUGUACUUCUCGAGGAGUAUUGCAAAUAAUGAAGGUUGCAUUUUGACUUCGAUUGAUAGAAAGAAGGGACUCAAUGGCGACUCUCUUAUCAAUCUUCUUGAUGAACUUACAAAUCUAGCAGAGAGUGAGAAUAAUACCGAGAUGACCAAAGCUUUCUCAUUGUCAAUUCUAUGUUCUUCACCUGAUCUAAUAUUGCAGCAUUUUCCAGAAGUUAUAUCUGUUUCACAGAAACUGAAUGGAUUCCCCUUUUCAAUCCUUUUGUCUAUCUGUUGUCUUGAAAGUAGCUUUCUUAAUGAUGUGUGCAAGUCACGUCCUGAGUUUGCAUUAUCAAGAUUAGAACAGGUCGAUUUUUCUAGCAUGGACUCAGCCAACUCCUCAGAAGCAUUUUCAUAUUUUAUAAAGCAAGCUCCAUUUUAUGUUCUAUUUCCAGCUAUCAUAAGCAGUGAAUGCUCAUUUGUAUCUGAGCCAUCGAAACUCCAGGACAUGCUGUUGGCUAAGCUGUCGAAAGAGAUGCUUGCAAAUUUUGUUUCCUCUUUCCGGCUUUUGUUUUUCUGGUUCCAUCAAAUACAAUCUUCCUACCGCUUUGAACCGGCAGAAAAGCUUAUAUGGAUUUCUGAUAUUUGUGUUGCCCUCAUAAAGAGCAUGUUGGCAGACCACUCAGCCAAUCAGUAUGCCCAGGAAAUUGCUGAAACCAUCUUCUGUCAUCCUGCAGUCUUUGGUGCUGUAGAAAGUCCGUUAUCUGCUCACAAAGAACUAAAAGUUAACAUUCUUGAUCAUCCAGCAGAUAAUUUUCUUUGUUUCGCAAGAGAAGGAGUUCAUAUAAUGGAUCAGCAGGUCUUGCAAGUACUUGAAAUAUUUUGCAACCAAACAUUUCUUGUGAGCUUUGGGUAUGUUAAUAAGCGGAUUGCAACGGCUUUUAAAAGCUUCCUCCAGAAGUUGGUUCUGAUGCUUAAGAACAGGUUUGAUUGGUUUAUAAAAUCCAUAGAUCUGCUUUCGUUGAUCCCAACAUUAUAUGCUUUUCACUCUUUGAUUCGAUUCAUCUCCCCUCGGGAGCUGCUGGAAUUGGUUUCUUGGAUGUUCUCCAGAAUCAGCCUUGAUGAAUCUGCUUUUCAAGAAUCUAAAGUUUCCGCUCUCUCUGUUGGAUUAAACAUUGCUGGUUGUGCGUUUGGCUUAGUGCCAUUAUGUUUAGAAGAAGUUAAUGUCUCUCUUUUUGAGAGAGUGUAUAACAAUGUAAUCGAGAUUGCCUCCCGAUUUGAAUUAGUUGUUGCAGAUCUUUGCUUGUUGCAAGCGGUUAAGAUUGCAAGUAAAUGUAAUAGUCAAAGCCAAUCUCCUCGAUCUCUUCCCAAUCACAUGGUUAUGUCAAGGGUUGUAUCAAAUACACCCAUGAGCUUAAUUUCAAAGUGCUUUAAGAAAACAAGCAUGAUCAAUGCUCAGUUUUUGUUUCAUUUAACUGAAUCAAGUCUUCUCCAUCUAUCUUUCUUUGGACUUCCUUUUAUGGAGAUGGUGAACAAGUCCUUAACUGGCAAAUGUGAUGAAGCAUUCUUGAUGCUUCUGCCAACUGCUUUAUCUUUCAUGAAUUUUAUCUCCAUGAGAUACGGGGAGAAGUGUUGUAAACAUCUUAGAAGCAUACACUCUUUAUAUUGGGAAAUAUUAUUCAACGGGUUCUCUAAUUGGAACAGUUUUUCGUCUAGAGAUAUAUUUGAAGUAAAACAAGGAAAAUCUGUGCCUUCAACUGUGGAAGAGCUUUGUGAUCUUUUCAACAACAAUCUUCUUGGAACAGCAGUUGCGGUCAUGCAGGCUCAUCUUGUAUCAAGCGGGCCCACUGUGAAACGAAGCAAGCGGUUGAAGCUUUUUGAUUCUAUUAUUCCACCUGGGACAGAAAAUCUUUUCGACUGUAAUGCUCUGAAAGUUGAUCGCUACUCUAUUGAUGAAACUUUAAACCUUAUUAUGAAGUUAGUCACAAAGGUGAUUCUUUGCAAGAUGUUAUUAUUUUCAUGUCUGGAACGGUCUAACAAAGAACACUCAAGAAGUGUAACGCUUAUAAAUUCGUUGGUGUCCACUUGGCGGUUAAUUGUCAAGAAGUUCUCUCUAAAGUUGAUUUCCCCAUUGGGAGUUAAAGACACAAAAUCUGCAUUGGUUGGGAUUUUGGAAAGUUUUGUUUUGAGGAAUGUUGCUGAAGUUACUAUGGAGAUGUGUAAGGACUCUGAUAUAAAAGUGAAUUCUGUUAUCAGCAUAGAAAAGCUUGCAAGAUCUUGCCUUCUUCACAGAUUUGAGGAUUCUGCAACACUUGGUAUGCUACGAAUUAUCUUAACUUUUGAACCAGAAGAUAAAUCAUUGCAUGUUCAAAUUCUUCAGCUGCUAUUGGCUCACUCUCAAUUUGCAUCCACCAUUCAACCCGCCACUAAAUCUUCAAGUUCUCUCCAGUUUGGUAUCAUAUUUAGACCCAUGUCCAGUAUUCUGAGAUCACUUACUUUUGCCCCUGUGGAUCAUGAGUCACACACAUCUGAGCUGUACACGAAGCAAUUGGAAGUUGUUAAAUUGCUAAGUGUGCUAUGCCAUUUUGGGGAACAGGCGGGUAGUGUUGGUAUUGAAAAAGAUUUAGGGAUACAUGUUAGAGAAUUGUUGUUUCUGCUUUUGUCAUCCUAUGGUGCUACUAUUAGUGAAAAAGACUUGGAGAUUUACAAAAUCAUGCAAGAGCUUCAAAGUAUCGAUAAAUCAAACUCUGGUUAUAUAGAUGAAAUGGAUUAUCUGUGGGGACCCGCUGCUAUAAAAGUUAGAAAAGUACGAGAGACAGAGCAGGCUUUUUCUUCUGAUGACAAGGAUGGCAUUGAAAAUUGCCGGAGAAAUCAAUUCAGAGAAAAUCUCCCAAUUGACCCCAGAAUGUGUGCAGCGACAGUUCUUCAUUUUCCAUUCAACAGGAACGUUAAUUCAGGAGAUUCUUCCUCUAACAAGCUUCCAGAUGAUAAUAAUGGACGUGAGAGUGUGGCACAAAGGACCAGUAUCGAGACAAUGCAGAUAUAUGAUCCAGUUUUCAUCUUGCGGAUGUCAUUGCACGGUUUGUCAAUGGAUUACAUCGAGCCUGUGGAAUUUGCAAGCUUGGGGAUGCUCGCUGUUGCAUUUGUUAGUUUAUCUUCACCUGAUGUAGAGAUUAGAAAAUUGGCCUAUACGGUUCUUACAGUAUUCAGAGAUGCAUUGGUGAGCCAAAAGAGAAAAGAAGUCAACCGACUUCGUCCGUUGCUAACCUACGUGCAAAACGGUAUAAGUGAAGAGUGGCAGUGGAUUCCUUCAGUACAUGCUUUAUUUGCUGCAGAGGCUUCUGUAUUGAUAUUGGAUCCUUUAAAUAAUCAUUUCAAAACUAUUACUAAACUUCUUUUGCAGUCCCCUAUGAACACCAAGAUGAUAUCUUUUUUUGAUGAGUUCUUUUGGAGUAAUUCUGUUAAUUUCAAAUCAGAUAGGAUAUGGAUGCUUCGUCUACUAUAUUCUGGCUUAAAUUUAGAGGAUGAUACUCAGAUUUAUGUCAGAAGCUCGAUCUUAGAGAAACUGCUUAGUUUCUACACUUCUUCUCUUUCAGAUAAUGAAUCGAGAGAUAUAAUUCUUCAGAUUGCGUUGCAGAUUGUGAACAAGUGUAUGAAAUUUGAAACAACAUCUAAGUAUUUGAUUGAACGAUGCGGUGUAAUUCCAUGGUUGUCAUCUCUUAUUUCAAGCUUCUGUGGAAGUAAAUACCAAGAACAGAUGGGUGCUUUACUGACCCACCUACCACUAGUAAUAAAGGUGGCAAAUGAUAUUGCACUCUCUAGAAACAUAAUGCAGUGUGUGGCUAGACAUUCUGUGGAGCAAUUGGCACAACUUUCAUGUCAUUUGUAUGCGCUCUUUGUUGAUAAAUUUGAGCUUGUGAAUGAAAUUCACUCGGCUGAUUUAAUAUUGGAAAUUAUGUUUUCUACUUUAAAAAUAUCACAAGAGAGGGAGGUAAAUCAACCACAUUUCACCUUUUCGAUUGAAGGUCUAUAUCAGUUAUCUCAAGCCACUGAUGCAGAGUUAGGACUUAAAGUUGUUCUAAUCAACACUCCUCAAGCAGCAUUACUCUCCAUGGAUUGUGAAAAGCUUGAAAAGUUUGUCCUCUGGGCUGUCUCAAUUGCUCUUAGAUCUGAAGGAUCUGAUGCAGAAACCAAUGAUUCGUUGUUAUCAAAGCUUUUACGAUGGUUGACAGCGUCUGUAAUUUUAGCAAUGCCCUCAUGGCAAUUGGGAAAGAUGGAUUUGAAACAUAAUUUGGAGAAUUCAUUUUCAGAAACAUUGCAAUUAUUUUUGGGAGCAGAAUGGUCAAGUCGUGUGGUAUCUGGCUCUGAAGAACUAUUGGCUACUACUAUAUAUUAUCUUCAACAAGUUGUUGGAAAAAAAUGCAAAGUCUUCACAUCUGUUGUGAGCUCACUUUGUUUGUUACUGCUUCCUGAUUUGUCACACACGGAUGUGAUGCUUGACGGAGGAAGUACUUUAACAUCGUUGCUAUCUAGAAUAGACAUCCCCACUGAAGUUAACCAUUUAUGGAGAUGGUCAUUCGAGAAGCCAUGGAAGGAUCCUUCAACCAAUAGUUGCUCUGUAGACGGGCUUCAAGCGUGUCAAAGUAUCUUAGUGAUGGUUUCAAACGUUCUUGGAAAGAAGUCAUCACAUUCACGCAUUCUUUCAGUUUUAGAUGUAGAAAAUUCAGGUGUGUUUAAUUGGGAAAGAAGUCUUCUUGCAGAGACUCUAUAAUGUGUUUGUUGGAAUGAAAUUUUGUGUGGGCCUAAAGCCUGCAAGAGCAAUUUUGAAUACAUUAUUUGCUAAUUAGUUUUGCAGGUGCUA